AUGGUACUCCCGAUAUUUAUCAUUGGCACGGCAAGUGCGGGCGUGGCCACUGGCUACAGUAUGUACUGGGCGGGCACAGCACUCGCGUGUCCGUCGUCGAUCCGUAACCCCCCACCCAAAAGCACGAGCAGCCUCCUGGCUGGCGGAGGCUCUGCCCUAGCGGCAUACUCAAUCCAAGUGCGAGCUCUCAACCGCUACGUAUCAAGUGCAUUGACGUACGAAGUUCCCAAGAACGUGACGGCCUGGAGCUUUCGCGACUUUCUGCGCAUCGCUGGACCGGUCGUGGCUCCUCGUGUCGCUAUGUUUUCGACGUCCGCGGCGCUGAUGGGGUUUGUAUCCACUAAGCUGGAUCUGUCCCGAUCCCCCGAAGAGAAGCGGCGGUCCGAAACAGCAUAA